AAAAACUAAAUAAUAUAAACACGGCGAAAGUAAAAUGUUGUCCGGAAGAGGAAAACUAAAGCUGUUGUGAAGUGCUGAGUGACUGAGGAUGGCGGCAAAGCUCAUAGCAGCGUCUCCUUUUGUAGGAAUUGCAGUUUUUGUCUCGCUCAUCGCUCUGGUCGCGUUUUAUUAUAAGCCUUUCUCACAACAGAGAUUGUUCACUGUUGAAGAAUUAGCCUUGUACAACGGGACUGAUCAAAGCUUACCCAUUUUAUUAGGAAUUCUCGGAUCGGUUUUUGACGUGACAAAAGGAAAAUCUCAUUAUGGUGAGGGUGGGGGUUACAAUCAUUUUUCAGGAAGAGAUGCUUCACGAGCAUUUGUUUCAGGAAACUUUACAGGUGAUGGGCUCACAGACUCGCUACGUGAUUUAUCCAGUACACAGGUGAAGAGUGUUGUUGAAUGGAGGGAUUUCUACUUUAGAAGUUACACAUUUGUAGGUAAGCUAGUAGGUCGUUACUAUGAUUCUGAAGGAAAUCCUACAAAAUAUUUGAAGGGAGUGGAAGCAAAGGCUGCUAGAGGUGCUCAGCUUUUGGAGAAACAGAAGAAUGAAGAAGCGAAGCAACCUAGUUGCAAUUCGAGGUGGAGUCAGGACGAGGGUGGAGAGGUUUGGUGUGAUGAGGGCGUCCCAAGGUUAGUUCAGAGACCACUAGAAAUUGCUUUAACUGGGAAGAUGAGCAAGCGAUGUGCAUGCUUUAAAGAAGAUCAACUGGACCAGUCAGGGUUGGAAGUCUACGAAGGAUGCGAUUUCCUUGCGAAGACUUGCCGAGUUUAAACGGGGGGUUUUGGAACUUCCAUGUUAGAGAUUUUAAGUUAUCCUUCCACAUCUGAUGUCACUACGCUAAGUUGUUGAAAGGGUGAUGAACAAAGGCAGAUGAAUAGAGAAGCAUUGUAAUGUGUUUGGUCUACAAUUUUCCUCCUAUUGUAUUGCAUGGAUUGUUGUAACUAUACAUGUAUUAUGUAUAUUGAUACUGUUUUUUUUCCUUCUCUAUAUUGUGAAUUAUAUGUUCAUGCUA